CGUUAUGGUGGUUUUGAGAACGUUGGUGCCACGGUUGAUGAUUGCAAAAAUUUUAGGAAGCGAAUUAAUAGCUAUAUAGGAGAAUAUGAUGCUGAUAUGGUGAUUAAUAGGAUGACUGACAAAAAACAGUAUUUAGCUGAUUAUUCGUUUGAAUAUUCUGUUGAUGAUGGCAAACGGUUAACUGGUUUGUUCUGGGCUGAUGGUUUAUGCAAGCUUAACUAUAUGGAAUUUGGGGAUGUGAUAUCGUUCGAUGCAACUUUCAAGACAAACAGGUACAAGAUGGUGUUUGUUCCGUUCACUGGCAUUGACAACCACUGUCGAAAUGUAACAGUCUUAGCUGGGUUGUUGGCAUCAGAGAGUAUUGAAUCAUAUAAAUGGCUUCUGAAUUCAUUUUUAAAGUCAUUUGGUCAGCAGCCAAAUGUUGUAGUAACGGAUCAAGACCCUGCUAUGAAACAGGCUAUUGAGGAGUUUUUUGUUAUAGGCUGA